CCGGGACUGGCAAUUGGUCCUGCGCUUUUAGAUAAUUUUGAUUAUGUUGUACAUUAUAUUCGGGCUCGGUGGGAGGGUCAAACUGUUUGUUCGGUAAUUGGCGUGAGUGCGCUGCGCUGCGCGGUGGGCGGCAAUGCUGCGUCCGCUGCGAGCUUGCGCCGCGCUCACCCAGAGGGCCCGGACGCUGCCGCUGUGGCCGCGGGAGUGGGUCGGCGGCGGCGCGUCCUACUGUCGGCUCCGGCACAGCAGACUCUGUCUGCAGCUGCUGCGCCCAGCUGCCAGGCACAUCUGCUGCGCAGCCCGGCUACGCCAGCGGACCGAUGCGCCGGCCACCGACGCCAGCGCCUUGACGACGCUACGCGACCGGCUGGGCUUCGGCAGCGACGUCGAGCUGCGCCUCUUCUGGCGGCGCACCGGCUGCCGGCUGGACGAGCCGCGCGCCGCCUGCAGCCUACUGGUGCUGGGCACGCUCGAGCGUGAAGGCAUCGGGCGGGAGCAGGUGCGCCGCUUCCCCGGUCUGCUGCGGAUCACUCCAGGUCGCCUGGAGACGAACCUGUCAGCGGUGCGUCGUCUGCCGGCGGCACUGCAGGACGUGUUCCCGCUGCUGGCGCUGCGGCCGGGCGUGCUAGCGGCGGGUGUGGACGCCAUCUGCGCCGACCGGGGCCUGCUGCCGGACGCCGCCUCUCGCCUGGACUACCUGGCCGCCCAGCUGGGGGUGGGCCUGGACCGGCUGUGUCCGGCGCUGGUGACGAACACCUCGAUCCUGACGGGGCGGCUGGAGAGGGUCGUCGAGAUCACCCGGCUGCUCCUAGACGGCGGCAUCUUGCCGGAGGCCAUCCUGGACGAUCCCUGGAUCUACAAGCACAACAUCGACGUGAUGCGGCAGCGACUGGAGUGGCUGAACGGCGUGCAGCUGCGCCCCAUCCGGCCCUGGAUGCUCCGCAGUCCCGAGCACUUGGUCCGGGAGCUCGUCAAUCGGUUCCAGCUGCGCAAGUCCAUCCUCUCCGAGCACGACGGCGACCUGGUGGCCUACCUGAGCGAGCGGCUGGGUCUGACGCGCGACCAGGUGGCCGCCUUCGAACGCCGCUACCCGGCCGCGCUGCGCGUCGACGUCAUCAAACUGAAGGCGGUGCUGGACGAGCUGCUGGCGCAGGGCAUCAGCGGCGCGUUGGUGGACGACCAGCCGCGCAUCCUCUGCUACAGCGUGCGCCGCAUCCGGGAGCGGUGUGGGCGCAUGCGGGACGCCGGUGUGCCCGUCACCACGCUGCUGGUCAUCUGCAAGACGCCGCGCGACUUCGAGCAGUACAUAGCGGCGGCGAGCGGCGCCGCGAAACGACGGCCGGCGCCGCCAGAGCGGACGGCGGCGGACGGAGAGGACCGGACGGCGGCGGGGGGACCCGAGCGGUAG